GUUUCAUAAAAUAGUCGAAAGACCGUAUUUUGAUGUCAGGCUUAGCGAAGACGCACUGUCGAGAGCUGUUUAAUCGGUGUCUUCUGAUGCUCUGCGCUACCUCACUCACCUGCAACGUUAACGUUCAAAAAUUUCCGCCCCUUGGCUACACUUUUCCUAGAGCAAUGGCUCGACCCAUUUCCUGGCAUAUAACCGGUCUCUGUUUCAGCAUACCAGUGUCUUAAUGAGGCCGCCAAGCUUGAAGGGCACCACUAAAAGUUCUCAAUAGACGACUAUUUGUCAAGGAAACGAUAUCUCCUUCAGUUUUGUUCGUGGCCCGGUGGGGGAUGUGGAUCAAAGCUCGUUUGAUCAUGGGAAACGGUCUUUCCGGCUCUCUGAAAUUCGCCAGCGAGAUACCUGAUGAUGUGAUUUUUGAAGUUGCAAGGCAUGCAUCUCCUUAUAUCGUCCUCCAAAUGUGUUUGGCGAAUUAUGCCACAUAUAACUUGCUCAAACCCAUUCUGUUCUCCUCAGUAGACCUGAAUUCUACCGAGUCCUGCCGAACGUCCUUGAAGCUGUUCUCUCAACGUCCCGAUAUCAUUCUGUGGAUCCGGGAACUCAUUCUAAGACCCAGUCGCGCAUCGGGAUGGGCACAGUUCUCCGAAAGAGAGGUGGAUGAGGACUGGGUGUCGUCUGUAGUCGAAGAAAUCAUAUCUAAAGGACAGCUGUGUGGUCUAACCUCCUUUCUAUGGGACGGAAUGGAGAGUCAUAGAGAUUCAUUGUGGACGGUGUUACGACUCGGCUGUCCGCAUCUUCGAACUCUAGGCUCGAGUGUCAGUCCAAGAACCCAGGUUGUGAAUCCAAAUAGCGAUAUGUUUAACUUCAAGGAUCUCAAGGGAUUCUCUCUUUUUACCCAGCAGAUACAGCGCUGGACAAAAGCUCCUUGUUCGAAUGUGGAACAUGCUCCUUAUUCAUAGUCCCCGACUACAGGCCCUACACAUCGAUGGCACCUGUCAUCUUUCUCAACUCUGGGAAGUCCGACCUAUGAUAACAGGCCGCUGGGAUCAGCUCCGAAGCUUUGCAGCAGGAAACGUAUUCCCGGUCAAUGGUCCUAUUCAGGAGAGCGCCGCUCU